UAUUCGGUUGCUCGUAUCGCCAUAGUGGAAAAUGGCGACCGUGAUGAUUUUGAUGUAACGAAUGUACUUUGCGAAGUGCGUGUAGUGAGGUUUGUAAAAUAAACGAAACUGUUCCGUUGUGUUUAGUUUGAAUGAAAGGCAAACAUGCAGAAUGUAUCACAAGAGUCCUCGCCAGAUAAUCCGAAAAUAGAUAAAGUGAACGUCCAACACGAUAUAGGGAACUUAUCGUCGACUCCCCAUUCAACCUCCAAUUCGAGUCCUGCGAAGUCUGAAACGGAAACGUACUCAGAACACCGGCGAUAUAUGUCCGACUCAUCGGAAAGCGAGGAAGACAGUGUGUCAGAGGAUAGCGCAUUUUCAUUUGAAGACGAGAAGCUAAUUAACAAACUGUUGGAAGAGGUAACGGUAGAAGUGGAGUCAUUUAUGAUUGAUCAGGAGUUCGAGGAGGAUACACAGGUCGUCGCCGCUAAAUACCUACUAAACCCCGACGAAGAUAGAGCCGUAGAUCCCGAAACCCAAGCCCGGCUUGAAGCUCUGCUACAAGCUGCAGGUAUUAGCCAGCUAGCCGCAAAGGAUGGUAAACAUCUAGCGGAUCCUGAAGUAUUGAGGCGAUUAACUUCAAGUGUGUCGUGUGCAUUGGAUGAAGCAGCCGCUGCUCUUACUCGAAUGCGUUCUGACAACCCCCGUACACAACCAGAGAAGACGUCGCUUGUAGAAGCUUGUACUGAUGGUGACGUUGGGACUGUUAGGAAGUUAUUAACUGAGGGUAGAUCCGUACACGAAACGUCUGAAGAGGGUGAAAGUUUGUUGUCUUUAGCGUGCAGUGCUGGGUAUUAUGAACUAGCGCAGGUCUUGUUAGCCAUGCAUGCAAACGUAGAAGAUAGAGGAAUCAAGGGAGAAUGUACUCCUUUGAUGGAGGCAGCGUCAGCUGGCCAUUUGGAUAUAGUUAAGUUGCUUGUGAAACAUGGCGCGGACGUGAAUGCGCAGUCAACAUCCGGCAAUACUCCCUUAAUGUAUGGUUGUGCCGGUGGUCACACAAAGGUCGUCGAAUUUCUCCUUGAAAACGGUGCCAACGUGGAAGAUCACAACGAAAAUGGUCACACACCUCUAAUGGAGGCUGCUAGCGCAGGACACGUCGACCUUGCAAAAAUCUUGUUGAAAAGGGGCGCCGGCAUCAACACUCAUUCUAAUGAAUUCAAAGAAUCAGCCCUCACAUUAGCGUGUUAUAAAGGACAUUUAGAAAUGGUUAGGUUUUUAUUAGAAGCCGGGGCCGAUCAAGAACACAAGACAGACGAAAUGCAUACGGCACUUAUGGAAGCGUCAAUGGACGGACAUGUAGAAGUUGCAAGGUUAUUGCUUGAUUCUGGUGCGCAAGUUAAUAUGCCAACAGACAGUUUCGAAUCACCUCUAACACUUGCCGCUUGUGGUGGUCAUGUAGAUUUGGCAAUGUUGCUGAUUGAAAGAGGGGCAAACAUUGAGGAAGUCAAUGACGAGGGUUACACACCUUUGAUGGAGGCUGCGCGGGAGGGACACGAGGAGAUGGUACAUCUACUCUUGGGGCAAGGGGCAAACAUCAACGCGCAGACAGAUGAAACGCAAGAGACAGCUUUAACAUUGGCCUGUUGCGGCGGCUUCACGGAAGUGGCCGAUAUCCUUUUAAAAGGUGGUGCCGAUAUCGAACUGGGAGCUUCAACACCACUGAUGGAAGCGGCACAAGAAGGCCACUUGGACUUGGUGAAGUUUCUAUUGGAAAACGACGCCAAUGUCCACGCCCAGACCCAAACUGGAGACACUGCACUUACGUAUGCAUGUGAAAACGGCCAUACGGAUGUAGCAGACUACCUCCUACAGUACGGGGCGGACUUGGAGCACGAGUCGGAAGGAGGGCGGACGCCGUUGAUGAAAGCAUGUCGAGCGGGGCAUUUGUGCACUGUACAGUUUUUAAUAUCGAAAGGAGCGAACGUUAGGCGACAAACGACGAAUAACGACCACACGCCAUUAUCGUUAGCAUGUGCCGGAGGUCAUCUGUCAGUGGUGGAACUUCUUUUGAGUCACCAUGCAGAUCCGUGUCACAAGUUGAAGGACAAUUCCACCAUGUUGAUAGAAGCAGCGAAAGGAGGCCACACGAACGUAGUGCAAUUACUCUUAGACUAUCCCCAUUCAAUGCAACAUAUGAUGAUUAAUCAACAUCAACAAGGGGCUACCACGGCUACCAAUUUGUCGAUGCUUCCGGGGCAAGUUGGUAGCCGAGACUCGCCCUUACCACCUGGAGCAAUGCCUCCCAACUUGCCCGCACAACCAAUCAAUUUCUUUCAACCACCCCCUGCGGCUGCAGUCCUGCAAGAAGUUCCCGAGGCCGUACGAAUAGUAUCUCAGGACGAUUCCAGCAGUCCAUCGCUGGAUGUUUCCAAACAGCAAGUAUCACCCACUUCAAGUAGAACAUCCGAGAAUCAACAAAAUCAAACCACUUUUAGAAAAGCGCCGACGUUGUCAAAGAGCCGAUCUGCUAGUGCCGUGUACGAUGGGGCUCUAACUUCAGCUGAAGCCCAACAGGUUCGCACCCAGCCAUUACCACUAAACGAUUUCGAUGAUGAGACCAUGGAGUUCCUCAACAAAGAAGAUCCAAACAGUACGCUAAUUGAUUUUAUCAAAAGUCGUAAGAAACAGUACAAUGUAGUGUCGUCUUCGGGUACAGAUGAGGGCACCUCACAAAAACAACAAAUUCUUGAGGAGUUGCAUCGGGUUGAACGUGAACUUCAUGGGAAGCAAUCUUCUCAUAGCCACGUUUUUCAAUAUGCAAUUCCUCAAGAUCAGUGUCCUGCUGCUACUAAUAAUUCACUGCCUCAUAUGUUAAAUAUUGACAUUGCUAUGCAACAACAGCAGCAAGGGCUGGGGACUGGCAUGACAGGUUCCAUGUUUCCUGCCAACAAUCUACAAGUCCACAAUACUUUCUACACAGGAGGAGCAACAUGCUUGCAAUCCCCUCUCAAGUUGGCCGUCAGCGGAGAUACGGGAACAUUCACCCAGAAUCAAACACAACCGGCAUUUUAUUUUACGCCUCUUACGACAUCCGUUGCUUUACCCACUGCCAGCACCACUACGACUCAACCGAUCAAGUUUCAGAGCGUGCCGUCACAUGCAGAAGUCAGCCAAAAUACAGCUAUAAGUGAUAGGCCCAAGGCGAAGCCUGUCUCAAAGAAAGAAGGGAAAAAUGUUCGUAAGCAACAGCUACAACAACAAUACCAGUCAAAUUUGUAUGGUCAGCAAUCGACGCAGGUGUUCAGUCCUAUUCAAUUACAACAACAGCCUCAGCAGUCAGCGGAAAAGACGCUCAACAUCUCAGAAACCAUCAACGUACAAGGUUUAGAUCUUGAUUCUUUAGAUCAGGAAUCUUUGGUGUUGAAGGAAGAAAGCCAUGAGAAUCUUUUAACGGCGUCCAUUUUUCAACAGUUUCAAAAUACAUCAAUUAGGGCCACUUUUGUGGGAUCACCUCAGCAGAAAACUCGAUUAGAUCUCUAUGACCAUGUACAAGAUGGUAAAGUCACAAAAUUAGAAAUAACCGACAAGGAUUUUUCUACAGUAGAUGAUGUUGUUCAAACUCUUGAAUCUUUUAACACAUCUGAUAUCAAUGACCAAAGUGUUAAUCAACAUAACCUUCAGGUACAACCCUAUCCGAGUGGUAUUGACGAGACCAUGCUAGCGUCUUUUGCUGGUCAACAGGAACUGCAAAACCAGACAGAUCUAUCCCGUGUUGAAUAUUUUGCAGUGCCUGCAAAUGGCGCCCAAGUACCCGUGCAUACGCUUUAUCCAUACGAACACUAUCUGACCACAGCAGGUAUGCCAAACAAAGAACAAAGUGGUGCUAUCUACCAAGCAGGAUUUCAAGCUGGAAUUAAUUUAAUGCAGCAACAAUUAGCAUGCCCGAGUGCGAGUACAAGCGAAACAAUAACAACCGCAACAGUGGUUCCAACGACCGUAGGAUCUAUACCCGGUACGUCCGCACAGCCCUACAUAACACCACAACAAGUGGCUUGCGCACCGCAAGUACAAACACCUUGCAGCCACGUAGUAAGUGCUGCCCCCAUACAAGCCGCCCAUCAUUGUCAGUCGUCAUGCACUCAACACCAGCAACUAGCCCAAACACACCAACAACAAGUCAGCCAUCAGGUACAAGCCGCCACUCAAACGCCGCAGACGACCAGCGAGACGAAAAAAUCGGGUAAAGCGGUUGAAGGAAUGAAAGUUAAAAAGGGACGAGUCGUGCGACACCAAAACCAAAACAUUCAAGGCAACAAUUUCCAACAAAAUCAAAACUACCAAGUUGGACCCAAUAACGCAGCUAUUACCCAAUAUAAUGGAGUGAACCAACAAUGUCAGAAUCCAUUACCAUGUCUCGACGUAGACUCUAAAACCGACAGCAACCACGAUACAGCGUUGACUUUGGCUUGUGCUGGAGGUCACGAAGAUCUGGUGGAUCUCCUCAUAAAUCGUGGUGCUGACAUAGAGCAUCGAGAUAAGAAAGGCUUUACACCUCUGAUACUAGCAGCAACAGCCGGUCAUGAAAAAGUUGUGGAAGUUCUUCUCAACCACAACGCCGACAUUGAAGCGCAGUCUGAAAGAACAAAAGAUACGCCACUUAGUCUAGCGUGUUCUGGUGGACGAUAUGAGGUUGUUGAAUUACUGUUGAACAGAAAUGCUAACAAAGAACAUAGGAACGUGUCAGAUUAUACCCCUCUUAGUUUAGCCGCUUCUGGUGGCUAUGUCAACAUUAUAAAAUUAUUGUUAAGUCAUGGAGCUGAGAUUAAUUCCCGUACUGGAAGUAAAUUAGGUAUAUCCCCUCUUAUGUUAGCUGCAAUGAACGGUCAUACCGCCGCUGUAAAACUAUUACUUGACAUGGGAAGCGAUAUUAAUGCUCAAAUUGAAACCAAUCGCAAUACAGCUUUAACGUUAGCGUGUUUUCAAGGGCGUCACGAAGUUGUCAGUUUGUUAUUGGAUCGUAAAGCGAAUGUUGAACACCGAGCCAAGACUGGGCUCACACCGCUCAUGGAAGCCGCAAGCGGGGGUUAUGUAGAAGUUGGUAGGGUUCUUCUGGAUAAAGGAGCCGACGUGAACGCAACGCCCGUCCCAUCGUCACGUGACACCGCUCUCACCAUCGCCGCCGACAAAGGCCACGUGCGUUUCGUCGAACUCCUACUAUGCAGAGGUGCCCAGAUCGAAGUGAAGAAUAAAAAGGGAAACUCGCCACUGUGGUUGGCAGCAAACGGCGGUCAUCUAGCCGUGGUCGAAUUACUUUAUAACGUCAACGCGGAUAUCGAUUCGCAAGAUAACAGAAAAGUGUCUUGCUUGAUGGCUGCGUUCAGAAAGGGCCACGUUAAAGUAGUAAAGUGGAUGGUUCAUCACGUGACUCAGUUUCCCAGUGACCAGGAAAUGAUACGGUAUAUAUCGACUGUCAAUGAUAAGGAGUUGCUAGAGAAGUGUCAGGAGUGCGUAAAGAUUAUCCGAGCUGCAAAAGAAACUCAGGCUGCCAAAGCGAAUAAGAAUGCUACGAUUCUUUUGGAAGAGUUAGAUAUGGAGAAGAAUCGAGAAGAGACGAAAAGGCUAGCCGCUGCUCGCCGGCGAGAGCGAAAAAAGAAGAAGAAAUUAGAGAAGAAGGAAGAGAGGAGAAAGUUACUCGAAGAGAACAAGAAGAACGAGAACUAUGACGAGAAAGAUAAGAAAAUUGUGGAAGAUGAAAAGGGAGAGGAAGAAGACAAUGUCCAAGAUAACAUGGACCCAGCCAUUCGCAAUGGAGACUCAGGCGACAAAGAAGAAGGAGACAGCGGCAUCGACGCGAACAGUCAGGGCAGUUGCUCAAGUAACGACAUCAAACCGAACGACAAAAGAAAAGAUAAAAAGAAAAAGAAAGGAAAUUCGAAUUCGAAAAAUAGUAGUCCUACUUCGAAAGCCGGUUCGAGUAAGUCGCAAAACAUGAAUGAAUCGUCCGAUAAACGAAACGAUAAAAGUAGUGAUGGCAAAAAUAAGUCAACAUCACAAUUUAGAAAAGGACUCGUUUUCGAAGCAACCAAAAGUCCAGCAGAACGAGACGAUUUUGAAGCUACUGGUAAUGAAAACUACGUAUCGAAUAAAUCUAAAAAAAGUCACGGAUACGAAAACGACACUCAAUCGAAAAGUUGUUCGUCGACUAGCCCGAAACAGUCCUCCAAAAGGGAGGAAGGGUGGAAAGAAGUUGUGAGGAAGUCAAACGUACAAGCAGUUUCUAUGUCCGAGUCGGGAGUUAAGAAGGUUUCUGUGCCGUUAAACGCCAUUUCAAGGGUGAUUGGUAGGGGUGGGAGUAACAUAAACGCAAUCAGGGGCGCUACCGGAGCUCAUAUAGAAGUCGAAAAACAGAGUAAAGGUCAGGGUGAGAGAAUCAUCACGAUCAAGGGUGCACCUGACGUCACCAAACAAGCGCAUUCGUUGAUAGCCACGUUGAUCAAAGAUCCCGAUGUAGAUAUUCUGCAAAUGCUUCCGAAGACUAACAAGACGGCAGCAAGCGCCACCACAUUAUGGGAUAAGACUCAAAUAGGCACGAAGAAAAUCACGGGAAAGGUGUUAACAGUAACGCAACCAUCUGCCCUAACAACGACAACUCAAUCAAAAACCAUUCAAACAGUUGCACCGUCGGUAACUUCAUCAUCGAGAUCAUCGACCACCACCGUUAAACUUCGCGGAGCCGUCCCUGUCAUAACAUCCCGCGUAACCGCCCCCAGGUUAGUGGCCCAAGCCGAGAAAAAUGCCGCAGCUCAAGCUGCAGCGAUCCGUGCAUCAGUACCCCACACAUCGUCGGUCUCAGCCUCAAGCCGAGCCACCAAACUUAUCACCACGACAGCAACACAAACAUUCGCCGCAAAGUUGUCGGAAACGACAGCGAACCAACUUUCCGUGACGGUCAGUCACGCAUCAGGCGCCAAUAAGUCCCGAAAUUUGGGACUGCCAUCCAACACCACCGGUCCCAUUUCACCUCAGUCGGUUCCUCACUCCGCCUCCAACACACACUCGUCGCCAAAGCACAGUCGGCCCACACCGACGGCUUCUGCGCCACCCAACAUGCAACACUACCAAAGUCCAGGCAAAGGGCCAGUCUUCGGCAAUUCGGGCAGUCAGGCUAACGUUUCAGUUCCGGUUUCAGAGUCAUCAGGAACUAUAGCGAGGAGUACGACUCCUAAUGUCAUCCAAUCAACUGCGCCAAUGCAAGAGGAGAUGAGUCAGAAUAAUAUGCAAACGCAUCAAGAAUACUCACUGUUUUAUUCGACGGAUCAAUCGAUGUGGAGGCGAGAUAAUGAAUCUCAGAAACCUGUCAAUUUCGCGGCGGUUACCGGAGGUUCGAAUUCUCAAACUGUCAUGCCACCCAAGUUCAUCGAUCAAGAUCCCCCACAGAUGGCAGAUGUGUCGAAGGCUCCAGGUUAUAGAGGAGGUACGGUUUGCUCACCGGUUUCUUCCAAGACGAGCAGUAAUAGCACUACACCACCCAACAUCGCUGCUAGUUCGGCGAACUUUCAGGUAUAUCCAGAACCUUCGAAGACUCAGCCUCUCCCACCCAUUGGCAGCAACAUUGGGCGACCGCAAGUUUCAACGCAAAACGAUAUCGCCACUGCUAAUAAUUUCUAUUCGGAAUUUUUCAAACCAGGGUCAACGAACAUUCCCCAUAACAUGCUCAAUAUGACCAACGAGGGGCAACUGCUGCAAUCGACUUACCAGAAUAAUUCUUUGAAAAACUUCAGUUACGCUCAAUCACAGCAGACGAAUAUGCCCUUGGUGAGCAUGUCGAGGCUCAAUCCAAAAGCCCCGGAUUUUUCAAGUACCGUUUACAACGCUAUGCCGACUAAACAGGGUCCUCAGAUGUACAAUGGCUUCCCAAUGCCCGGACAGAACAACAGUGCGUUGUAUUCUGGGGCGAAGACUACGGUCGACUCAUACAGGUCAGGAGUGGGCUCUUCACAAGCUCGUUGGCCUCUCAUGCAAAUGCAACAGCCUUUCACGCAACAACAGAGUGAAUUGAUCAGCGGGAUGGCUACGGGAAUGACACUACAUAGUUUAGCGAGGGCGACCGGUAGUGAAAUUCUGGAAAACGGACCAGAUCUGGGUAUGGUGAACCAUUCACCGAAUAUGUCGCCGAAUUUACCAGCUGCACACAACAUGCAUCAAGGUGAUGGUCAUUAUUUGGAAGACAGGAAGCAGCCACAACCUAUUGGUACGGAGAGGGCGCGAAAAGUGUACACAAAUGUGGAUUCGACAGGAUGUUGGAUGUUUGGGAAUGACACAAAACCACCCGCUCGGUGGGCGAAUAAUGAUCAUUAUAAUCUGGGCAGAGGACAAGUGUACUCUGAGGAGAUGCAGUAUGUCGAUGCGUUUGCGCCUGUGAUGCCCUUGGAGAGCCCUCACAACUUCUCAAACGGACCAAUCCAACCGUAUUUAAUGCAACAACAACCAAUCGGAAGGCCCCAUACCGAUUUCAUCCAAGUGGAAAUGAAAGACUUGCCUUGGGAUGGUAAUCGUCCGAACGUUAACGACAUUCAAGAAAAAUCGCAACACGGAUGGGCCGGUAUGUCGAAAUGGAACCAGUAAACAUGGAUUUUACAUGAUCAGAACUAUAAGCGUUUUUUUGACUAAGUCCAUCGUGCGAAAUUUAGCUUACAUCUUUGUGAUCUUUGGGAUACAAGUUUUACAGUAGAACCUAGUAAUAGUUUUUGUUUAUGGUAUCUCUAUUGAAGUACACACAUGUGCAAGUGUCUGGUCUAGGAGGCCCAUUAUACAGGCCACGAGCCCCCUUGCCUGCAUUCGGUGUAUAUAAAAAAACCUAUUCAGAACAUUAUUCUAAUUGUAGUAUGUUGUUUGCAUGUCCCAUUAUUUGGUUUAUAACUGCUUAUAGUUUAUGAAAUAAACUGUUUUACUUGAUUAUCUUUUGUAGCCAGAUUUGGAUCAUGAAUGAUAAAUACAGCUUCACUAGCGGCUCCAAAAACAAGCCAAUGUCGAGCUGAAGUUAGAAUAUAUAAUUAUAAUAUAACACUAUGUAUAAUGUAGUAGUUGCGCAAUGGUGUCGAGGGAUUGGCGAUAGGGACAAGUGUUAACUUGUGAAUAAUUUGUUCUCUAUUCGAAUAUUUACUUUCAUUUCUACAUGUGUAAGCGCAGUGUUUGUAUGCCUCACGUCUGGGUUCCACCCGGCACAAGCACUCGGUGGGUAUCGCUGACUCCCACGAAACUGUAGGGUUAUUAUUAUACGGAUCAUUAUGUAAUAUUGCUUGUACAUGAAGACUUAAAUAUAUCUUUAUGCACUG